CAGCUCUACAGACAAGAUCAUUACAAAUCUUGUGCUUAAGAAUUCGAAGUGAACAAAAAAAAACAAUUUCCAAGAUGAAAUUCAUCGUGUUAGUUCUUUUUUGCGCUAUUGCAUACGUUUCUGCUCAAGAAGAAUUGGAACCUGAGGAUACAAUGGAUUAUAUUCCAACUCGUUUCCGACGACAGAAUGAUCCUCACAGAGGAUCCAUCGUUAUUCAAGGAACUAAAGAGGGAAGAAGUCGUCCAUCCUUGGAUAUUGACUACAAACAUCGUGUCUACGAUAAGAAUGGAAUGACAGGGGACGCCUAUGGUGGAGUAAACAUUCGUCCUGGACAGCCUAGUCGACAACAUGCCGGAUUCGAGUUUGGGAAAGAAUAUAAGAAUGGUUUCAUCAGAGGACAAAGUGAAGUUCAACGUGGUCCUGGUGGCAGACUUUCACCAUACUUUGGAGUAAAUGGUGGAUUUAGAUUUUAAAAUAUUUUCAAAUAACAAUUGACAAUAAAUUAGCGAUUCAUAGCGA